AUGCACCUGUCUGUUGUGCUCUUCAUCUUCAUCGCCGGGAUAAUCGCACCUGUGGUUCCAUCACGCUUUUUCAUAAGAGGCACCGUUUCCUGUCAGAAUGGCCCUCCGUGGUGCUACACAAUCCAAUUGCUGGACGCUUUCAAUGAUGUAAUUGCUAGUGUCUCGGCUUGCGAACUCACGAACCCCAAUCAGAAAUUCCGCAUUGAAAGUUGGCAGCCUUGGGACGGACCAUUCGAUUGGCAUUUUGAACUCGAAUUAUUAAUAAAGCACGUAUGCGGCCUCGAAAUCACCGAAGAGAAACAAUCAAUGAGACCGAAACCAUACUUUGACAAAAAAGUUGAAAUCGACUUCAGCAAGAACACCACAAAAAUUAUCGUAAUUUGGGAGUCGACAUUUUGGAGUGACUUAUACCAAAUUCGAAUUUAUUCAAUAUGCCAACGCACACUCGCAAACUGUCUAAUGUUAAGAUUAACUGAUCAUUAUCAAUUCAGAUCGAAAGUUAAGAAAUAA